UGAAAACGAAAUCUUCCCUCCACCAUCUGCAACAUCAAAAUUUGCAGAGAGAGGAGAGAGAGAGUUUCAAAUUCAGAGCCAAAUUUUAUUUCUUUGGAGUUUUGAUUUGUAGAAGAAACUAAGAAUGGGGAAGGACGAGGAAGAGAUGAGAGGAGAGAUAGAGGAGAGACUGAUAAACGAAGAGUACAAGAUUUGGAAGAAGAACACGCCGUUCCUUUACGAUUUGGUCAUAACACAUGCGCUCGAGUGGCCGUCCCUCACCGUCGAGUGGCUGCCGGACCGGGAAGAACCUCCCGGGAAGGACUACUCGGUGCAGAAGAUGAUUUUGGGGACGCAUACAUCGGAGAACGAGCCCAACUAUCUCAUGCUCGCCCAGGUCCAGCUUCCUCUCGAGGAUGCUGAGAAUGAUGCGCGUCAUUAUGACGAUGAUAGGUCCGAUUUCGGCGGAUUCGGUUGCGCCAACGGCAAGGUACAAAUAAUCCAGCAAAUAAAUCAUGAUGGAGAGGUUAACAGGGCUCGUUAUAUGCCACAAAACCAAUUUAUCAUCGCCACCAAGACUGUUAGUGCAGAAGUUUAUGUUUUUGAUUAUAGCAAACACCCAUCUAAGCCUCCUCUAGAUGGUGCAUGUAGUCCCGAUCUCAGAUUGAGGGGCCACAAUACUGAAGGAUAUGGUUUAUCAUGGAGUCAGUUCAAGCAGGGUCAUUUAUUGAGUGGUUCAGAUGAUGCCCAAAUAUGCUUGUGGGACAUCAAUGCAGCUCCAAAGAAUAAGGCUCUAGAUGCCAUGCAAAUAUUUAAGGUUCAUGAGGGUGUUGUAGAAGAUGUCGCGUGGCAUCUGAGGCAUGAAUACUUAUUUGGAUCGGUUGGUGAUGAUCAGUAUCUGCAUGUAUGGGAUCUCCGCACUCCUUCAGUCAGCAAGCCAAUUCAGUCAGUAAUUGCUCAUCAAAGUGAGGUUAACUGCUUAGCUUUCAAUCCUUUUAACGAAUGGGUCGUAGCUACGGGGUCCACUGAUAAGACUGUUAAGUUAUUUGAUUUGCGCAAGAUCUCCACUGCUCUCCAUACCUUUGAUUGUCACAAGGAGGAGGUUUUCCAAGUUGGGUGGAAUCCAAAGAAUGAGACCAUUUUAGCUUCUUGUUGUCUUGGUAGAAGACUUAUGGUGUGGGAUCUUAGCAGGAUUGAUGAAGAACAGACACCAGAGGAUGCUGAAGAUGGCCCACCGGAGUUGCUCUUUAUUCAUGGUGGUCACACAAGUAAAAUUUCCGAUUUCUCGUGGAAUCCAUGUGAAGAUUGGGUUGUUGCGAGUGUAGCUGAGGAUAAUAUACUGCAAAUAUGGCAGAUGGCAGAAAACAUUUACCAAGAUGAUGAUGAUUUACCUGGAGAUGACUCCACUAAAGCUUCCUAGUCUAGGUUCCCUCUUCAAAUGUAUCAGUCAGGUUUGUGAUUUGAUUUUUGUUUUAAUUGAUGAACUGCUGUUUUAUACGUUAAUUGAGCUUUCUGUUGAUUGAGCUGCACAUAGGGCUCUUAGUUGGGGCUAGUGAGCCAAUUAUAGGCUGGGCGUCAUAUCAUGGGGUGUGGAUUAGAAUUUGGCAGCUUAAUUCUAUGUAAGUUUUUAUGGUGCUAUCAAAUGUUUAGAUGAUUAGUUAUUAUAUAUAUGGAAGUUACCUGUCCCUUG